UCAAGUAAACAUAUUUUUAAUAUCAUUGUUAUUAUGACUGUAAAACAAUGCGCGUCCUAAUAGAUCAAAACAGCACCUGUUUGUUGUUUGUGUGACGGGACGCAGAUUUGAUUGGACAGACUGUUAAUCCUUCAAAAGUUUCGACAGGUCAAAUAGGCGUUUACUGCAGCAAACUCUAACGACAAGGGACGCGGAAAAAUCCUACAGUCAUAUUUGCUGACAGAAUGAACAUCAGGAGAAUGAAUCCACUGCCGGUUGGUGACAAAGACUGUGAACUGCGCUUCCACAUCUCUAUGAGCAGCUCGCCCUACUGUCAGAGCCUCGGUGAAGGAGUUCCCACGCACCCCUACCCUGAAUUAACAUCGGGCCAUCGCAUAAUCGAAGAGACAGCAUCGGAGAUGGACAUAAAAAGUUUUCAGUGGCUGGAAAAUGGAUUUCACGGAGACUCGGUGCCCAGCAGCGGAACAGUCAAGAAGCCCAGAGCGCUGCGGCUGCUUAACAAUGCGCGUGAACGGAGACGCAUGCACGAUCUUAACGACGCGCUGGAUGACCUGCGAGCGGUCAUACCGUACACACCGAAUGAAAACGUAAAAAAACUCUCCAAGAUAGCGACGCUGCUCCUGGCCAAAAACCACAUCCUGAUGCAAGCCCGGGCCUUGAAGGAGAUGCGGAGGAUAGUUGAGCAGAACAUUACACGGAAUAUCAUUAUGACACCACAUAUCUUGUCAGAUUGAGUAUUUAGCCUAUGUAAAUAGUGUAACAUGAACACUGUAAAUAAACUGUGAAAAGGGAUUCCUUUUUCGGAAGAAUGUGAAAUCUGAAGCCUCUUCCCAUUUUUUGUAGCUUAUGUUUUAGCUAUUGUGAGAUUGUAAUCAA